GAGAAUGAAAUAAAGUAGUUGCAUCGGUAUCCUUAGAUGGCGCAACGGGAGGUCUCCGCAUUUUGUUUACCUACAUUGAUUUAUAUUCGCAAUUCUCACGCCGCAAUGUAAAAUAUCUUUCUGAUCAUCGAAAUAAAAACAUCGGUUACCUUAAAAAAUAAAAGUUUCCAAUAACCUAAAACGUAACGCAAUGGCAGCGAUACAUCGAGAAGCAAUCCAGAAACAAAUACAACAGGAUUGGGCAAAUCGAGAAUAUAUAGAAGUCAUCACCGGCAAUAUAAAAAAAAUUACGGAUUUUCUCAAUUCUUUUGAUAUGUCCUGUAGAUCACGAAUAGCUGUCCUAAAUGAGAAACUUACGACGCUCGAGCGUAGAAUCGAAUAUCUUGAAGCUUGCGUAACAAAGGGAGAAACAUUAACAUAAACUGCGCUAAUAAUUCAUUGUCGUUAUCUUUUAUUAUGGAUCACACGCCUACGGUGUACAUUUAUGCACAAGGAUACGCGUGGAGAAUUUACAGAAUUUUACUACUUCAAAUAAUAUAUAUAUAUACAUAUAUAUAUAUAUAUAUAUAUAUAUAUAUAUAUAUAUAUGUAUAUAUAUAUAUAUAUAUCCCCAUAAAUAUUACUUAAAACACUGAUCUUAUGGGCCAGUCAAACGCAUUUUUUUCAAUUAUUGUAACACAAUAACUUUUCGUUGUACGAAUAAAUAAUUAUGGUUUCUCGUACCUUACAUCGGGUGUAUUAUCACGAUUAAUGUACAACGAUGCAGAUUUAUAUUUUAUGUCGUAUUCUAAUAUUUUAUAACCCUUCAUAACCUUAAAUUUCAAUAUUGCUGCUCCAAUGGCUACAUACGUAGUCAUAAACAACACGAAACUGCCUCUCUGAACGAAAGAAUAAGUAAAAGCUCCGCUAGCUAAUGC